GAGGCAGUAGUCCUGCAGCGGUUUAUGGCUCUCCGAAGACGAGAAAAGCUGCCUAAUGGUUGUGAAAAGCAGCUCCAGCUGCCUGAGUGGUUUCUUCAUGCAUAUCAAGUGGAACUUGUGGACACUAUAGGCAACGGCGGGUUUGGUCGUCUUCAGAAAGCACGCUGGGCUGGCACUGAUGUUGCCGUGAAGUCGUUGACCGCCGGCUACGAGAAAGUACUGGAACAGUUUCGACGUCAAGUUCAAAUUUGGUCUGUGCUCGAUCACCCGAACAUUAUUCCACUUUACGGUGCUUGCCAUGUUAAGCCUCCAUUUUACGUUAGUGAGCUGGCUGCAAAUGGAGAUCUUCGACGUUACUUGAAUAACAAAAGUCGACAGGAAUGUUGGCGAUGUCUAUUGGACGCAGCGGUGGGAUUACAAUAUCUUCACGCUCGCGGGGUUAUCCACGGUAAUCUCAGAUGUAUCGUUUUUCUCGUUUGUGACCGCGGUGUCACGAAAGUAGGGAGUUUCGGGCUGAGCGUGUUUGCUGGGUCUAACGACGUUUAUAAUGGAGCUCUCGGUGCGGUUCGCUGGAAGGCACCUGACGUUCUAGAGGGCGGAAAGCCUACACUUGCUGCGGACGUCUACUCUUUCGGGAUGUGUGUGGUGGAAGCUCUUACUGGCGCAUUCCCGUGGGGUGGCGCUAUGUUUGACGCGGCUGUCAGUUACCGAGUGAAGAGAGGAGAACUACCACCGCGACCUGUCGAGAUGAACGACUGGGAGUGGGAACUCGUCAAGCGCAUGUGCCGCUUUGACCCCAGCAGCAGAAUCAGUAUUGAUGCGGUUGUC